AUGACGAAGCUGAUGGUUACAUCUCAUUGCAUGCUGCGAAUGGUGCGGCGGCGGCCGCUUCGUGUGCAGUUUUAUACUCGAUGGUACUCCACAAAGAAGAAUAACGCAGAAGCACCCAGGAUUAAUCCUGUGGGGAUACAGUACUUAGGCGAGUCUUUGCAGAGACAGGUGUUUGGGAAUUGCAGUGGUAGAGACGAGGCGGGCCAAAGCGACAAGCUAAUGGAGUUAUCGAAAAAGUCACUAAAGGACCAUGGGUUGUGGGGGAAGAAGACGCUCAUCACGGAGCCAAUAUCGUUUCCCCUGCCGCCACUGCAGGGCAGGUCGCUGGAUGAACACUUUCAGAAGAUUGGACAGUUUAGUUCAGAACCUUACAAGAGUUUUUGUGAGGGUAAAUUUACGGAGAUGGUGGCACGACCGGCGGAAUGGCUGCGGAAGCCAGGCUGGGUCAAGUACGUACCGGGUGCGGCACCAGUUGAAGUAGCAUACCCAGACGAAGAGUUAGUGGUAUUUGAUGUAGAGACGCUGUAUAACAUUGCUGACUAUCCAACUUUGGCAACGGCUUUGUCGUCGACGGCAUGGUACCUUUGGUGCUCGCCGUUCAUAUGCGGUGGUGAUGAUCCAACUGCGCUGAUACCCAUGAACACGUUGACUAAGGAACAAGUCGUAAUUGGUCACAAUGUCGCGUAUGACAGGGCACGAGUUCUCGAAGAAUACAACUUCAGGGACUCGAAGGCGUUCUUCCUCGACACUCAAUCGCUGCAUAUUGCAUCAUUUGGGCUGUGUUCAAGACAGCGUCCGAUGUUCAUGAAGAAUAACAAGAAAAAAAAAGAAAUAGAAGUAGAAUCAGAAGUUCAAUCAGAAAUCUCCAUCGAGGAUUAUGACGAUCCUUGGUUGAACGUGUCUGCUUUAAAUUCAUUAAAGGAUGUGGCGAAAUUUCACUGCAAAAUUAACCUUGAUAAAGCCGAUAGAGAUUUCUUCGCCUCCACAGAUAAAUCAACGAUAAUAGAAAAUUUUCAAAAACUGGUCAACUACUGUGCCACUGACGUAACAGCCACAAGUCAAGUGUUUGAUAAGAUUUUCCCUGUUUUCCUGAAAAAGUGUCCACAUCCAGUUUCGUUUGCAGGUUUAAAGUCUUUAAGCAAAUGCAUUCUGCCAACGAAGCUGGAGGACUGGAACGACUAUUUGAACAGCUCCGAGUCUUUGUACCAACAGUCCAAAGUUGAAAUAGAAUCAAAAAUUGUCCAAAUCAUUAAGGAUAUAGUCCUUUUGAAAGACCAGCCAGAUAUGUACCUCAAGGACCCCUGGUUAUCACAAUUGGAUUGGACUACGAAACCUUUAAGAUUAACUAAGAAAGGUGUUCCUGCAAAAUGUCAAAAACUGCCCGGCUUUCCCGAAUGGUAUAGGCAACUUUUUCCUUCAAAGGACACCAUAGAGCCCAAGAUCACCAUCAAAUCAAGGAUAAUUCCGAUUUUAUUCAAGCUAUCGUGGGAAAAUUUUCCCGUAAUAUGGUCGAAGGAGUCUGGUUGGUGCUUUAACGUGCCCCAUGAACAAGUAGAAACAUACAGGGCUAAAAAUUAUGUCCUGGCAGAUAGCGUAUCUCAAGAGGAAGAGGAAAUAAGAAUGCAAAACCUUGGGUCCCAACCUACAGGUGUUCUUCUCAAAGUACCUCAUCCUAAUGGGCCCACUUCCAAUUGCACGAAUCUUUUAACUAAAUCAUAUAAUCAUUUUUUUGAAAAGGGCGUGCUAAAAUCGGAGUCAGAAUUGGCUCAUCAAGCUUUACAAAUUAACUCUUCAGGUUCGUAUUGGAUGUCAGCAAGGGAACGGAUCCAAUCCCAGUUUGUAGUUCCCAGUUCCAAAUUUCCCAAUGAAUUCCACUCUUUGUCCGCAAGAUCGAACUUAAAUAAUGGCAAAACAAAUGAUCUUGCCAUAAUUAUACCGAAAAUUGUACCCAUGGGCACUAUCACUAGAAGAGCUGUGGAAAAUACGUGGUUAACCGCAUCCAACGCAAAGGCAAAUAGAAUAGGUUCCGAAUUGAAAACCCAGGUCAAAGCUCCCCCAGGUUAUUGCUUUGUUGGAGCAGAUGUGGAUAGUGAAGAAUUAUGGAUAGCAUCUUUAGUCGGUGAUUCUAUUUUUAAUGUUCAUGGUGGCACCGCCAUUGGUUGGAUGUGUUUAGAAGGUACCAAAAACGAAGGUACAGAUUUGCACACGAAGACAGCUCAAAUUCUAGGCUGUUCUCGUAAUGAGGCGAAAAUUUUUAAUUAUGGGAGAAUUUACGGCGCAGGUGCUAAAUUCGCGAGUCAAUUACUCAAAAGGUUUAACCCAUCUUUAACUGACGAAGAAACAAAAAAAAUUGCAAAUAAGUUGUAUGAAAAUACAAAAGGUAAAACGAAAAGAUCAAAAUUAUUCAAAAAAUUCUGGUAUGGUGGCUCUGAGUCAAUUCUAUUUAAUAAAUUAGAAAGCAUAGCAGAGCAAGAAACACCUAAGACACCGGUUUUGGGAUGUGGUAUUACCUAUUCGCUCAUGAAGAAAAAUCUGAGAGCAAAUUCUUUUUUGCCUUCAAGAAUCAAUUGGGCCAUCCAGUCAUCUGGAGUUGAUUAUUUACAUCUCCUUUGUUGCUCCAUGGAAUAUAUCAUUAAGAAAUACAAUCUUGAGGCAAGGCUUUGUAUUUCCAUCCAUGAUGAGAUUAGAUUUUUGGUGAGCGAAAAGGACAAGUACAGGGCUGCUAUGGCUUUGCAAAUCAGCAAUAUAUGGACAAGAGCCAUGUUUUGUCAGCAAAUGGGUAUAAAUGAAUUACCACAAAACUGUGCCUUCUUCUCGCAAGUAGAUAUUGAUUCAGUCAUUCGUAAAGAAGUCAAUAUGGACUGCAUAACGCCAUCGAACAAAAUUGCUAUUCCUCAUGGAGAGGCACUUGAUAUCAAUCAACUGUUAGUCAAACCCAAUAGUAAAUUGGGUCAGCCAAAUCUCGAUAUCGAUAGCGAAGUGUCGCAAUAUACCUAUAACUACAGAGAACCCGUAUUUGAAGAAUACAAUAGGUCCUACACUCCAGAGUUCUUGAAAUAUUUCCUUGCAAUGCAAGUUCAGUCAGAUAAGCGAAAUGUGAACCAGCUAGAAGAAGAAUAUCUACGGGAGUGUGCAUCCAAAGAAUACGCUCGAGACGGAAACACUACAGAGUACAGCCUCUUAGACUAUAUACACGAUGUUGGGAAGGGCAAAAGGACUAAAAUACGCAUUAUGGGAUCCAAUUUUUUAGAUGGUACCAAAAAUGCUAAAAUUGAUCAACGAAUCAGACCACCUGUUAAUAUGCCUGAUUAUACCUCACUUCAUAAAAUUGCUAACGAUUCUGCGAUCCCCAAAGAGCAACUGCUGAAGAACAAGGGAAAGAAGGAAAAUGGGGUAGUUUUGGCCAGCGAAAAUAAGAAGAAAUUGACAAGAAAAAAGAAUACUACACCAAUGGAAAGGAAGUACAAGAGAGUGUAUGGUGGUAGGAAGGCAUUUGAAGCGUUCUAUGAAUGUGCAAAUAAACCAUUGGACUAUACUUUGGAGACAGAAAAACAAUUCUUUAAUAUUCCUAUAGAUGGAAUUAUUGACGACGUUCUGAGCGACAAAUCUGGCUAUAAAAAGAGACCAACACAAGCGGGAACUGCGUCACCAUCGCCAAUACGAAAGACUGCAAAAGCAGUACAUUCCAAAAAAUUGCCGGCAAGCAAGCCAGAUACUACAAAAAGAAGUUUGCUUGGGCUGGAAAGGGACAUUACUAUAUCUAGAGGGUACUAG